GGGGGCACAGAGAGUGACAGAGUGACGAGGAAGAAUCUAGAGGGCACCAUGGACUAAUGACAGGAAUGAAGGAACCUGGCUGGAGAGGUGUGGGCAGAUGUUUCGCUGAUCGCCUUGUAGCCUGGAGAAAGGUUCCAUCCGGAGGGCGGAGGAAGAGCCCAAGAACAGUCCCUUUCUGCCCCAUCACUUCCUCUUCCCUCCCUCCAGCUGUGUUAUCUCCCAAACCAACCCCUCCCCCACUUUGUUCCCCAACCCUGACCCUGAGUAUUUGAUUUGGAACAGAGGGCAGAGGCUUAUGUGGGCCACGGAAAGUCCAGGUUCCUACCACAGCCCCACCUCCCAAGCCUGGCCUGACCCCUGGCUCCCUCCAGCGUCAGCUCCACCCCCACCCAACCCUCUGCCCUUGGCUGAUUCUCUUCAAUGUACCCAUCAGGCCUCUUGUCCAGCAGCACCAGCCAGAGACCAGGAACCUCCAGAGACUAAAAGAGGUGCUGAUCCUGUACCCAGGUCUUGUUUAUCUUUCUAUUUCCCAUUAUUCAUUCCAAUUCAAGAGCCUGAAGACAGCCCAGGAGGUUUAGAUAUGGCUUUCUUCCUUAUUUUGCCCCUUUGUAGUGUUUUGGUGAUAGGCAUGGGUGAAGGUGGAGCUGGGAGUGAGGAAGCAUUUGAGAGGAGAUGUAAACCUGGACAGCUUCCCCGCUGCCCCUCCAUAUCUCCCAGUGCCCAGCACUGGACACAGCCUGGCCAGAGCCAGCUGUUUGCAGACCUGAGCCAAGAGGAGCUGACGGCUGUGAUGAGCUUUCUGACCCAGCAGCUGGGGCCAGGCCUGGUGGAUGCAGCCCAGGCCCUCCCAUCAGACAACUGCAUCUUCUCGGUGGAGCUGCAGCUGCCCCCCAAGGCUGCAGCCCUGGCACACCUGGACAGGGGGAGCCCCCCGCCCGCCUGGGAGGCACUGGCCAUCGUCUUCUUUGGUGGACAACCCCAGCCCAACGUGAGUGAGCUGGUGGUGGGACCACUGCCCCACCCCUCCUACAUGCGGGAUGUGACUGUGGAGCGUCAUGGCGGUCCCCUGCCCUAUUACCGACGCCCUGAGCUCAUCCGAGAGUACCUGGACAUAGACCAGAUGAUCUUUGACAGAGAGCUGCCCCAGGCUGCUGGUCUCCUCCACCACUGCUGCUUCUACAAGCGCCAAGGAAGGAACCUAGUCACGAUGACCACAGCCCCCCGGGGCUUGCAAUCAGGGGACCGGGCCACCUGGUUUGGCCUCUACUACAACAUCUCAGGGGCUGGGGUUUACCUGCACCCCGUGGGGUUGGAGCUGCUGGUAGACCACAAGGCUCUGGACCCUGCCCGCUGGACCAUCCAGAAGGUAUUCUUUCAAGGCCGCUACUAUAAGAGUCUGGCUCAGCUGGAGGACCAGUUUGAGGCCGGCCUGGUGAAUGUGGUGCAGAUCCCAGACAAUGGCACAGGUGGGUCCUGGUCCCUGAAGUCCCAGGUGCCCCCGGGUCCGGCUCCCCCUCUGCAGUUCCAUCCCGAGGGCCCCCGCUUCAGUGUCCAGGGGAGUCGAGUGGCCUCCUCAUUGUGGACUUUCUCUUUUGGUCUUGGAGCAUUCAGUCCCAGGAUCUUUGACCUCCGCUUCCAAGGGGAGAGAGUGGCCUAUGAAGUCAGCGUCCAAGAGGCCUUGACCGUCUAUGGUGGCAAUUCACCGUCUGCUCUGCGAAGCCGGUACACAGAUGGUGGCUUUGGCUUGGGCCACUUCUCUUCACCUCUGACCCGUGGGGUCGACUGCCCCUACCUGGCCACCUACGUGGACUGGCACUUCCUUCUGGAGUCCCAAGCCCCCAAGACGAUACGAGAUGCCUUUUGUGUGUUUGAACAGAACCAAGGCCUACCCCUGAGGCGACACCACUCAGAUAUCCACUCCCACUACUUUGGGGGCCUUGCAGAGACAGUGCUGGUCGUCAGGUCUGUGUCCACCUUGCUCAACUACGACUAUGUGUGGGACAUGGUCUUCCACCCCAACGGGGCCAUCGAAGUCAAAGUGCAUGCCACGGGCUACAUCAGCUCAACGUUCCUCUUUGGUGCUGCCCGAAGUUAUGGGAACCAGGUUGGGGAGCACAUGCUGGGCACCGCCCACACCCACAGUGCCCACUUCAAGGUGGAUCUGGAUGUAGGAGGACUGGAGAACUGGGUCUGGGCUGAGGACAUGGUCUUCGUCCCCAUGGCUGUCCCCUGGAGCCCUGAGCACCAGAUGCAGAGGCUGCAGGUGACCCGGAAGCUGCUAGAGAUAGAGGAGCAGGCCACCUCCCCUUGCUACCUGUACCUGGCCAGCAACCACAGCAACAAGUGGGGUCACCCUCGGGGCUACCGCAUCCAGGUGCUCAGUUUUGCUGGACAGCCGCUGCCCCAGAACAGCUCCAUGGAGAGAGCCUUCAGCUGGGGGAGGUGAGUGGCCGGGUGUCAGAGGGAAGCUGGGGGAGAUGGACUGUAAGAAGGGCCCCAUGUUGCUGGGAACGCAGGUUCUCCCACCUCCUGUGGGUGUACAUGCACACUCAUGCACACACACACACACACAAGCCUAUGGCCACAAUCUUGAUCCAUGUAAAAUGAGGCCUAGUGCCCUGGCGAUAGCUCAGUGGUUAGAGCGUAGGCCCCACACACUAAAGGGUCUCAGGUUUGAUUCCAGAUCAAGGGUGUGUACCUGGGUUGCAGGUUUGAUCCCCAACCCUGGUAGGGACACAUGUGGGAGGCAAACAAUCGGUAUGUCUCUCUCACAUGGAUGUUUCUCUCUCCUUCUCUUCCUCCCUUCCACUCUCUCUCUAAA